UGCGGGGACAGCAGCCGCAGGCUGGGCUGGCCCUGGGGUACACAGUUCACCCAGUCGGACCAGUGUCCCCUGCCUGGAGGACUCAAGCACUGGGCGGCUGGGGGUGUUUGCCCGCCCUGAGCCUCCCCGCACUGAGCUGUGGGACAAGCGGUGCCUGGCAGGGCCAUGGCCUGGCUCCUGCAGCACAAGCUGGCUCACAGCAUGGAGCACCAGCUCAGACAAUGAUCACAGCACCCACCCUGUGCCCUGGCAGGCCCAUGGGCACGUGGUGUCCUGCAGUCCCUGUGCUCAGGGCAGCUUGGGGAACAUGAGAGAAGGAUGUGGCCUGAGAAAGUGGAGGAGAGAUGCCGCACUUAGAGAGAAGAAGACCAUCAACAGCCGCACUGGUGUCAGAACAGGGCCACAGGUCUUAAAAUGCUUAGAAUGAAGACUCUCUGUUCUCAUGUUGUGUUGCCUGAGGGCCUUGAAGUUGUGCUUGGAAGGUUGAUGCCCAUUUAAACUCUCCACUUGGAUCAUUAACUGCUGGGUCAAAAGCAGAAAAAGUCAGCUCUGCAGAGGAAGGACCUCUCAAAAGGUGUAGAGGACCCAUAGCAGCAAGGGAGAGCCACAGAUUUUGCAGGGACAGCAGUUUUGAAAAUUCAGGCAUUUCUAAGUACCUUGCUGGGACUGAGCUCUCCUGAAGUGCACCUGAGAGAGCUACCGAUGGGUCCCUGCGGAGUGAGGACUGGGCUCUCAACAUGGAGAUCUGUGACAUCAUUAACGAGACUGAAGAAGGGCCCAAAGAUGCAUUCCGAGCCAUUAAGAAGAGAAUUGUAGGGAAUAAGAACUUCCAUGAAGUUAUGCUGGCUUUGACGGUCCUGGAGACCUGCGUCAAGAACUGCGGCCAUCGCUUCCACGUCCUUGUGUCUAGCCAGGACUUUGUAGAAGGUGUCCUGGUGAGAACAAUCCUGCCAAAGAACAAUCCACCUGCCAUAGUGCAUGACAAGGUGCUGACCCUCAUCCAGUCCUGGGCGGACGCCUUCCGCAGCUCUCCAGACUUGACUGGUGUCGUUGCUGUCUAUGAAGACCUGAGACGGAAGGGUUUGGAGUUCCCCAUGACUGAUCUGGACAUGCUGUCACCUAUCCACACACCACAGAGGACUGUGUAUAGCUCCAACUCUCAGUCUGGACAGAACUCACCUGCAGUCAACUCCCCUCAGCAGAUGGAGUCCAUCCUCCACCCUGUCACCCUGUCCCCUGGGAGGGGCACGUCCAGCAAUGCACCCAUCACACCCACACCAGAGCAGAUCGGGAAGCUGCGCAGUGAGCUGGAAGUGGUGAAUGGGAACACAAAGGUGAUGUCGGAGAUGUUGACGGAGCUGGUGCCGUCCCAGGCCGAGCCUUCUGACCUGGAGCUGCUGCAAGAGCUGAAUCGGACAUGCAGAGCCAUGCAGCAGCGAGUCCUGGAGCUGAUUCCCCGUGUCCUCCAUGAGCAACUCACCGAGGAGCUGCUCCUCAUCAAUGACAACCUCAAUAACGUGUUUCUGCGCCAUGAAAGGUUCGAGCGACUUCGGACAGGACAGCCUGUUAAGGCACCAAAUGAGGCAGAGAACAGCUUGAUUGACCUGGAACCCAAUACUCCUUCAGCACUGAAACAGCCUGAAGUCACCAGCAACCUUUCCUCUCAGCUGGCUGGAAUGAACCUGGACUCAAGCAGUGUAAGUGCGGGGCUGCACUCCCUCGACACUUCUGGCAAGCUGGAAGAAGACUUUGACAUGUUUGCCCUGACCCGUGGCAGCUCGUUGGCUGAGCAGCGCAAAGGGGUAAAAUAUGAAGACCCCCAAGCCACCAAAGGCCUUGCUGGUGCCCUGGAUGCCCGGCAGCAGAACACAGGAGCAGGGGAGUCUGGUGAUGGAGCCCAGCUGACAAAGUGGAUGAUGCGUCAAGGAAUGGUACCAGUUCCUCAAGCCAAUUUCAUGGAAGACAUAGAAAAGUGGCUCUCCACUGACGUGGGAGAAUCAGAGGAUCCAAAAGGUGUCACCAGUGAAGAGUUUGACAAAUUUCUGGAAGAGCGAGCAAAAGUUGCGGACCGCCUCCCCACUUUGUCCAGCUCCUCAGCAGGGACAUCUCUGUCCCCUCCUGCUGCCAGCCAUCAUCGGAAGCAAGCAAAGGAAGAUGAUGCUAUGUUUGCCUUGUGAAUGCUAUGGACUGGUGUGCUGUGGAGCAAGAGGCUGUGUGUGCUGUUUUGCUUGCCUCCAACCAGGGGCCAGCAGAGGAAGGACUCUGUCCCCUUCCUCCAUUCUCUUCCUGUUUUACCUUUGAGUUGUUUUUAUUUUUAAGCUGCUUUCAGACUUCAGAUAAUCUUUGUUGUGUUUAGCAAUAUCAUACAAUAGACUUGUAAAGGGGGUUUCAAAGCUGCUAGAGAAUGUUGGAGUUCAGUGGGCUUUUCUUUUUAUGGUACAGUGUGGGCAAAGCAGAAGAAGCUCCGGAAGAAGCUCCCCCAUCCUACUUUCCAGUGGGGUGUUAGAGAUCUUGCCCAAGAAACAGGAGAGGCUGCAGUCUGCUGCUGAAAUCAUUCCUGCCUGCCUCUUUCCUCACCCCUCCCCUAGAAUGUAUCUCCAGCCCUCUGCCUGCCAGUGUUAGACUGGAAAGCAUGGGGAUGUGAAGCAUUACUGGUGGCCAAGGAGGAACACUAAUGGUAGAGAGACCCUGUUGCUCUAACCUCUCUUGCACAAGUGUUUGUGGUAUGUAACACCUUCCCACUCACAACCCCUUCUCUUCCUCACCUCCCUUUCCCCAUCAGUUUAUCCAGAAUCCUACCCACAGCCCAGAUGUUUCCAUUGCAUGACAGCCAGUCAUCCAAACCCUUGGCAGCACACAGGACUGCAAGCGGUACCCCAGGCUGAAGGGGCUGUCUCCCACAGGGUAGGAUGUGCCUUCAGCAAACUAUUUGCAGUUAAUUUAAUUUUCCAUUAUCCUACUUUUCUCCCAGUGUGAUCCUACCUCCCUCUCCCACUGAUGCCUUCCACCGCAUCGUGCCGUGGUGUGGGGAGUCUCUCAGAGCCAGGCCAAUGCUACAGACUCCCUCAGGCUGGCUGUGUGCGCCGGGGUCACAGAGUGCAUCCCCCUAAAUAGGAGGCCCUUCCAUCAGCACUCUUACACCAGUGGGAACAUGCUUUUGCUGCAGAAGCUUGUUCAGCUGGUGAGCACAGAGGGGAAGCAAGACAUCAGUCAUCUCAUGCCAGUAGAACAGCCUUGCAGCAGCCAGAAGCUCCUCUGCACAUGGGGAGAAAAACGCUUCAGAGCAAACUGCACACGCUGCCCACUUGUAAAUGAAAGCCAGGGAGGAGGGUGCCAAGCUCAGAGCUCCUGUUUGUGGGAUUUCUUGAGUGUGGGAGAGUUGUCCUUUUUUACUGCACAUUAAAGGAGCAAAGACUUGAGCCUCCCUUGAA